UAUAAAUGAACCGGCACCCUUCUGGCUCCUCUGCGAUUUGCGGCGUAGGUAUCGUCUUCUGCCUUCGUUUCAGCCAUGGGGAGGCGACCUGCAAGAUGCUAUCGUCAGAUUAAGAACAAACCAUACCCGAAAUCUCGGUACUGCCGUGGUGUUCCCGAUCCUAAGAUUAGGAUCUACGAUGUUGGAAUGAAGAAGAAAGGAGUGGAUGAAUUUCCCUUCUGUGUUCACUUGGUGAGCUGGGAAAAGGAAAAUGUUUCCAGCGAGGCUCUUGAGGCUGCUCGUAUUGCAUGUAACAAAUAUAUGACAAAGUUUGCUGGAAAGGAUGCUUUCCACCUACGAGUGAGAGUGCAUCCAUUCCAUGUUUUACGUAUCAACAAGAUGCUUUCUUGCGCUGGAGCUGAUAGGCUCCAGACUGGGAUGAGGGGGGCCUUUGGGAAGCCUCAAGGGACGUGUGCUAGGGUAAGCAUUGGUCAAGUCCUCCUCUCUGUUCGUUGCAAAGAUAACAAUAGCAAUAAUGCCCAAGAGGCCCUACGACGUGCGAAGUUCAAGUUCCCUGGCCGUCAAAAGAUUAUCAUCAGUGGAAAGUGGGGCUUCACUAAGUUUAGUCGUGCUGACUAUUUGAAGUGGAAGAGUGAGAACAGAAUUGCCCCAGAUGGUGUCAAUGCUAAGUUACUUGGAUGCCAUGGUCCACUUGCUGCUCGCCGUCCUGGAAAGGCUUUCUUACCAGCUGCAGUUGCGGAAACUUCUUAGAAUCAUUUGCUGGAAUAUUAUGCAAGCAUUGUUAGUUGCUUUCUGUUUUAAAGACUGUCAUUUUCAGUUAAUUUUGCAAGGAUAUUUCUGCUUGUUUUUGUUGUCAGUAUGACUCUGGGGCAUAUGAAAACUCUUUUCAUUUGGCAGUUUAACUUGAUCAUUGUUGCUCU